ACUCUACUGGCGUGACGAGACAUUACUGAAAAUUCAGUGAUUUCUUUCUCCUGACCAUGCUGCUAUUUAUACUAAAUUGCGAUGACGAGGAUGACGAUGAUGACGACGAUAAAAACCGUAACGACAGAUAUCAGAAGUCAAAUGGGUCAGAAAUGGUUGCUAUGGUUUCUUGCUCUGAGUCCCAUCAGCUUGUCUGUGGUCGUCCACACACAAAGCUCAGACAGCUCCCUGCUUUCGAUGUUUACGACGGAAAUAUCUACUUCUAAUCCGAAAGUCAGCAUGACACAGACUGAACCAACAGCCACAAGCCACCAUCGUCGGACUACUCAAGGUGACUGUGACGGUCCACCUCAACCUCAGUGGCGGACAAAUGUGACGUUUAGUGGGUGGAAACACGGUGACGUGGCAAUUUACACCUGUAAAUUAACAACUGACGUGUACGUCAAGGGUACAACUACGGUCGUCUGCAAAGAUGGAGAGUGGGAAACUCCGACCAUACUGUGUGCACCCACCACGUGCUGGUAUCAUCACUGGAGAUGGGGACCUGUGUACAAAGGUUCACACAAUAAAACACAAAAGGGUUUGGACUGCAGUGCGUGGUCCAGUGACAGUCCGCACAACAAAGAAGACAAAUACAAGGACGACAACGUCUACACUGUAGAUGGCAGCAAGAUGGCCGCCGGCAGCUACUGUCGCGUCUUCGCCGACGACCACCCGAGUGCCUGGUGUUACACCACCAGCAACCAGACUCAGCGGGACGACUGUGACGUACCUCGCUGUGACGUCGCUCAUGACUGUGACGGUCCACCUCGACCACUGUGGCGGACACAUGUGACGUACAGUGGGUGGAAACACGGUGACGUAGCAAAUUACACCUGUAAUGUUUCAUCCGACGUGUACGUCAAGGGUACAACUACUGUCGUCUGCAAAGAUGGAGAGUGGGAAACGCCGACUAUACUGUGUGCACCCACCACGUGCUGGUAUCAUCACUGGAGAUGGGGACCUGUGUACAAAGGUUCACACAAUAAAACACAAAGGGGUUUGAACUGCAGUGCGUGGUCCAGUGACAGUCCGCACAACAAAGAAGACAAAUACAAGGACGACAACGUCUACACUGUCGAUGGCAGCAAGAUGGCCGCCGGCAGCUACUGUCGCGUCUUCGCCGACGACCACCCGAGUGCCUGGUGUUACACCACCAGCAACCAGACUCAGCGGGACGACUGUGACGUACCUCGCUGUGACGCCGUUCAUGACUGCAAAGGUCCACCUCGACAACAGUUGCGGACACGAAUGACGUACAGUGGAUGGAAACACGGUGACGUGGCAAUUUACACCUGUAAUGUUACAUCUGACGUGUACGUCAAGGGUUCCACUACUGUCUUCUGCAAAGAUGGAGUCUGGGAAAAGCCGACUAUUUUAUGUGCACCUACAACUUGCUGGUAUACUCACUGGAGAUGGGGACCUGUCUACAAGGGCUCACUAAAUAGGACCAAGAUGGGAUUCGACUGCAACGCUUGGACAAGUGACAUUCCGCACAUCAAAGGCGCGAUGUACAAAGAUGACAACAUUUACACUGUAGAUGGCAGCAAGUCCGCUGCUGGCAGCUACUGUCGCACCUUCGCCGACGAAGAACCGAGCGCCUGGUGCUACACCACCAACACCUACACCAAGUGGGACGAAUGUGACGUACCUCGCUGUGACGAUGUUCUCGAUUGUGAGGGUCCGCCUUUACCGUACCCGCGGACAAAUGUGACGUACAGUGGAUGGAAACAUGGUGAUGUAGCAACUUACACCUGUAAAUAUAAAUCUGAUGUGUUCAUCCUGGGUAAAACUGCCAUGAAGUGCGAAUAUGGAACGUGGGAAGAGCCGACCAUUGUAUGUGCACCUACAACUUGCUGGUAUACUCACUGGAAAUGGGGACCUGUCUACAAGGGCUCACUAAAUAAGACCAAGAUGGGAUUCGACUGCAACGCUUGGACACGUGACAGUCCGCACACCAAAGACGAGAUUUACAAGCAAGACUACUUUUACUUUGUAGAUGGCAGCAAGGCCGCUGCCGGCAGCUACUGUCGCAUCUUUCGCGACGACUACCCGAGUACCUGGUGCUACACCACCAACACCUACACCAAGUGGGACGACUGUGACGUACCUCGCUGUGACGAUGUUCGUGACUGUGACGGGCCACCUCCAUCUCUGUUGCGGACAAAUGUGACUUACAGUGGCUGGAGUCACGGUGACGUGGCAGUUUACACCUGUCAAUUUAAAUCCGAUAAAUAUGUCAAAGGUAUCAGUAAGAUUUCCUGCAGAAAUGGAUCGUGGGAAACACCGACCAUACUGUGUGCACUGGCAGCUCAGAGACAAACUACUGAAGUGGCAGCUCAGAGACAAACCACUGAAGUGGCAGCAGACACGCAAACUACUGAAGACAACGUCAUUCAACUGACACAAGUGACACCAGACUUCCCCAACCCCACUCACUCUCUCAUCACGUGUCAGGUAACAGGCAAUGAAACUGUCAGAUCCAUCUCGUUCAUGGAAAUCUUCUGGCGAGAGAGACAAAUAGUUUACGCCAAUACUAGCGAAAAUGGUGGACUAGCAACCAAGGGGCUCAAUUCCUUCGGAAACAUGACAAAAGUCUCAGGAAAAGUAAGCCAGACUCAUCCCGAAGAAUCGCAGCUCGUGGUGGACAUUGCUGCUGAAAGCUGUGAGGACGCGGCUGCUGGAGACUUUGCUUGUGUCCUCACAUACUCACACUUCAACUCGUCAGACUCCCAGCUUGCUCGUGCGGAACUGGUGGCAUCAAGUCCUUGUGACAAUACCAAGCUCGAAGUAACCUUCAGUAGCUACCCAAACCGACCACUCGGCUUUGUGGUGGGGUGUCAUCAACAGUCGUAUGAUACACUUCUGACUGUGGAACUAAGUCUUCUACCGGACAAGCCAUUGCUGUCUUCAGGCCGGCGCCAAAUAGCUUACUUUGACAGGUUUUCGUCAAACCUAAAACCUGUACUGAACCCAGACUUGGCAGAAAAAGGAGUCGCCUCUUACAGUUCACCUUUGACGGUUUAUUUUUCCGUCAAAACCUGCGAAGACACUGGUGUUUACCGCUGUAAAGCAGUCUACCUGCCGCCAGGUGAGAACAUUGUGAAGACCGUGGUGAGUGAGGCCAGACUGCCAGCCUGCUUCCCGGGUGCAGUGGCGACUGUUGAGAGAAACACAGGUGAUUUCCAAAGAUAUGAAACAUUCGUGUGCCGGGUAGAUCCAACCCUCGUUCUUCAGCUCGUCAGCCUGGAGGUCACCGUCGUCAGGAAUGGGUCACGCCAGGUGCUGGCCUACAUCAACAGUUUUCUGAACGACAAAGUAAGUUUCUCAAGCGAUCGCCUGCGAGUUGAAGGUGAAAUCUACCCAUUGGCUCCAGCUGCAUCCAGCCUCAACGUGACGUCACUAGUCAGUUUUGAUGAAGGCGAGCCAUCGUUCAUCACCAGCUGCAAAGCCGUCUACACUGACAGAAAUACUACUUCCAAGCUCUAUGAAUCCUUCGCGGAUGAAAUACUUCGUUAUUUCAGAUAAGAAAGUAGAUGGAGAAGUUGACCAAUCCCGUUCUCUUCCAUCUCUCUUGUCGUCGUCCUUUUUCUCUCCUAGCGGUGCGGUGGCACAGCGGUUAGCGCCUGUCACCAAUGCAGUGACGACUGAUUGUCCUGGGUUCAGAUCUCGUCUCACGCACGCAGUUCUUUCUCUGCAUGUGGCAUGUGUUUACAGGGCUGGCUGAUCUCCGUGAUAGUCUCGGUUACUGACAGAAACAUCAACCCCACCCCAUUCUUCUUCCUUCUGUCUCUCAAGCAUGUCUUUGAUGUACGUAUCAUAAGUCUCGUGACUAAGACGAAAAAGCAAUUCCUUCUUCCACGACUCGUGAUUAUAGUUAUACUUUUAAGAACUAUUUAGAAUCGCAUCUCUAACAUGUUGCCAUCUAAACAAAAUUAAAUGAAGUUUGUGUCUAGCUUUAAGAGCAAAGUAGACACACAGACUUCUGUCGAUAUGAUGAUGUAUUGUGUUACAUUUCUGCUACAGCAUAUUAUUCCUAUUUUUAUUUUUAUUCAUAACCAGAUGCUGUCUUUGUCAUACAUAAAACAUUUCUUUGUCUUCUAAUGAUUGAUUAAAAAUUAUUGAAAAACGGUU